UCUCUAUUUCUCUCUCAUUGCCAUUAUCUCUAUUUUUUGUUCUUUUGGAGAGAGACAGAGUCUCGAUUCAUAGGCAUGUAGAGGCCAAAGAACCAACGGUCAAGAUCUGCCAAACCAACCACUAUCAUCGCUGCGCUCAGUCCGGUGACCUUCUUGGAUUUCAAUGGCUACUCCGAGACAACCUAUGGCACAGAUGCCACUUCACAUUUCUUCUGGUUAUAACAGGGCCGAGAUAGUCAAAUUUCUUCUUGAUUGGCUAGGGACAGAUCAUAAGGUUGAGUUGGAAGCCAAGAACAUGAAUGGAAUUACACCAUUAAAUCUUGCUGUUUGGUACUCACUUCGAGCUGAAGAUUGCUCGACUGCCAAUACAUUGCUCAAGUACAAUGCUGACUGUAGUGCUAAGGAUAAUGUAGGGUGGAUUGCAAUCGUUUGAGGGGGAUUUCUCGAUGGUUAAAAGA